AAAGUUUAAAAAAUAUAUUUUAAAGGUAUAGCGCCUGCGCGAUGAUAACGUUCUUGCGCGGCAGGUGUUUGCGGCGCAGGGUUAAAGGCGCCGAAUGGUGGUUAUCUACGGUGGGGGUAACAUCGUUUGUCAGUUGUUUUCCGUAAGUCCGCGCUCGUGGACGGGCGCAUGAAACCAACCCCCAACCCCUUUAUCAAGCUUCCCGAUUUUAUGGUUUCUGCCCCCGCGGGAUCGGAUAUUCAGAGACUGGCGGGUCUGACAAAAUCACUUAUCCUCCACAUAUUAUCCCUUUUAAUUCCUAUUUUGCUGUUCUCGUUAAAAUAAUUCUUCGUUAAUUUCCAACGUUCGCAUUGAUCCGUCAUUGUCGGUAUGAAUGAUGAUGGACGUGGAGGAGACCAAUACCGCGUCCACUGCAAGUUCCUCACCAAGACCCUCCAGUCCUGCAGCAGAUUCGACUUUUAUCAGCGUGAAGAGGGAGCCAAGCACGGAAGAACCCAGCAGCCCUCUCGAGGCAACGAGUCCUGCUUCUAUCCUGCGCAACAACAACGCGAUGGAUCACGCGAAAAGCCAGGGGACCACGGAUCCACUGAAAAUCGGCGGAAAAGGCCGUGCUUGCGUUACCCGAAAAAAGUUUUCCCCUUAGAACGUUCCAUUGUGAAGGGGGCCGAUUAAAAAGAAAAACGAAAGAGAGAGAGAGAGAGAGAGAACGAGCAAGGGAUAAAAGAGAAGAAGAGGAAAAAAUAUAUAUAUAUAUAUACGUAUACACGGUUGUAAAUAAAAGUGACAACGAACGAAAAGAUCAGAGAGGCGAAGAGAGAGGAAGGAUCGAAGAAGGAAGGGAAAGGAGCGACCGAUCUCUCGAUCUCGUAUAAUAAU